CUUCGUACCGCGUUCUUGCAAGUGAUCUCUAUUUUCUCACGGGAGUUGUCUGCUUCGUUUCUUUGAUCUCAUCGUAUUCGAAGACGAGGCGAAUGGAGUCGAGGGAGAUCGCUGCCCCUAAUGUUCAAUCUUUUUACCAGACAGAGAUCAAUUGGGACAAGUAAAGUUUCUCCUCCUUCCCGGCUCAACAAAACUAAGUUCUAUGUUGUAGGAGCAGGAAUUUUUAGUGGCGUUACAUUGGCUUUGUAUCCACUCUCUCUUGUAAAGACCAGGAUGCAGGUUGCUUCAAAUGAUGUUCUCAAGAACAAUGCAUUUUCGACUUUCAGAAAUAUUCUGAAGGUAGAUGGUGUAACUGGUCUUUACAGGGGCUUUGGCACAGUUAUUACUGGAGCUAUUCCUGCUAGGAUUGUUUUCCUCACUUCUCUGGAAACAAUAAAAGCAGCUUCAUUGAAAUUGGUCGAACCAUUUAAGCUCUCCCAACCUGUUCAAGCUGCUAUAUCAAAUGGCAUUGCUGGCAUGUCAGCAUCUCUAUGCUCCCAGGCUGUAUUUGUUCCUGUUGAUGUGGUUAGCCAAAAGUUGAUGCUGCAAGGUUACUCUGGUUUCACAAAGUAUAAUGGUGGAUUUGAUGUCGUUCAACACAUUAUUAAGACUGAAGGAAUCCGAGGACUUUACAGAGGAUUUGGCCUAUCCGUUAUUACAUAUUCUCCUUCUAGUGCUGUAUGGUGGGCAAGUUAUGGAACAAGCCAGCAAAUCAUGUGGAAGCUCCUAAGUCAUGGGAAUGACAACGCAAGUGUUCCUAGCCAGUGGAAGAUUGUUAGUGUUCAAGCAGCUGGUGGUGUUAUGGCAGGCGCUAUGACAUCUUGCAUAACAACCCCUCUUGACACAAUUAAGACGCGGUUGCAGGUUAUGAACAAUAUGAAUAUGCAAAAACAAAAUAUAAGAGAAGUUAUCAAAAGAUUGAUUAGUGAAGAUGGAUGGAGAGGCUUUUAUAGGGGAUUAGGUCCAAGAUUUUUGACCAUAUCAGCAUGGGGUAGCUCAAUGAUAGUUUCAUACGAAUAUCUGAAGAGGAUCUGUCUCAUAACUGAAGAUACAUCAGUUUCAUCAUCACGUUCAAAUUAGUGAGUUACCAUUGUACCAUAGAGAAAGACUUCAUCUCCGCAGUCAGCAUAUUAUAUAAUCCUAAUCUGCUUCGGUUAAAUAUUGAGAUUCAUUGCUGAGGCCGAUGGAUGAUCUGCAAGUCAUUUGUGUACCCAUCAAAUUUCAUUUGGCAGUACUGAUCAGUAACAUUUCAUGAAAGCUCGAUUCGACGGUAAAUUCAUCAUCUGGGUUCGUCUUUUAUUUCAGAGCACUCAGUUGACUGCCGUCCAUUGUUGUACUAAUACCCAAGACCUAUUGCUUCUUCUCCUUUCCCAUGUAAUUCUUUUACUGCAAGUGAUGAACAGAUGCUUCAUAAAGUGUAAUAAACAAUGUGUGAGAUGGAAAUUCUUUGUGAUCUAGCCCGGUACUAAAGCUACACAGCAAUCUAUUUCCCAACAAAAUAUGUUAUACCAUUUUGUCUGA